CUCCAAGAACCAAACUUGUCUUUAACCAACGCCCGGCCAAAUUUCCUUUAUUACACCUAAAACGCUCAUUUUUUUCAAGCAAGAAUUAAAAACAGGUUUAGACUGUUCGUAUUGUUUGAAAAGCUGGAAGCGAAAUUAAGAAACGGAACUUUGUUGGUUAAGUAGACAGUUCUGUAUACCUUCGUAAACUCGCUUGAGUACUUUUGAACUGAGUUCUUUCAUUAGCUUUCAUUCAAAAGUCUCCGGAUUCCCGGUGAGUCGUUUCCUGUCUAGCGUUGGAGGCUCCCGUUUUUUAAGGUGUAAAGUUUAGUUCUUCGAUUCGAAUUCCCCUCGUCUUUCUUUUUCUACGUUCUUUUACAUCCUAUACUCAAAGUGUGUCAACUAUUCCUAACCGAGUUGUUAUAAAACUUCUUGCUUCAAGACCGCAACGCCUCUUUCUCUUUAUUAAUAUCCUACUUUACUCCUUUCAUUUGGUUUAUAUUGAUAUAUUCGUAUUUUUGUAAUGACUACUAGACGCCUUACCCGUCAGCACAUUUUGGCUAACGCCUUGAGCAACCACGACGAGAACAAUCCUUCGAAACAUCUUAUGCAUUCAUCUGAAAAUGCUAUAAUUCCAGGAAAGAAAACCAUCUCUACAUCUACGUCUAACAAAAAACGUCACGCUUUGGAUGAUGUAUCAAAUUUCCAUUCCAAAGAAGCCAACGCUCCACUCGCGAGCAAGAGUACAAAUGUUCGACACACCAAUGCUGUUUACCCAAUUCAUCGCCCUCAGGAAAGACAGGACACCAUUAAAGCGGUUGAUGAUGAACCUGUCUCGAAGAAACGCCGCCAACCUUCCGCCCUUAAUUCUUUGUCAUCUUUUUCAGCUGCCCAUCCUGUGGAUAUGGCUACGACCAAGCCUGUAACAGAGCUUCACGCAGAAACUUAUGCCAAGGAAAAUGAAGCUCUUUCAAAGAAACUAAAGAAGGAUACCGAAGAGCGCAUUCCUCUUCAAGAAAUUAUGCGUCAAAAUGCUGCUGCUGAAAAGACAGAAGUGCAAGACUGGGAUGACUUAGACGCCGAAGAUUGGGCUGAUCCUCUCAUGGUUUCUGAAUAUGUUGUUGAUAUCUUCCAGUAUCUUAACCAAUUAGAAAUUGAAACAAUGCCUUCUCCCACCUACAUGGAUCGUCAAAGAGAGCUUGCUUGGAAGAUGCGUGGCAUCCUAACAGAUUGGAUCAUUGAAGUACACUCUCGUUUCCGUUUACUUCCCGAGACACUCUUUCUGGCCGUUAACAUAAUUGAUAGAUUUUUGUCUUUACGUGUUUGCUCUCUUGGUAAACUACAACUAGUGGGAAUUGCUGCUUUGUUCAUUGCUAGUAAAUAUGAAGAGGUUAUGUGUCCUUCCGUCCAAAACUUCGUUUAUAUGGCUGAUGGCAGUUAUGAUGAGGAGGACAUACUUCAAGCUGAAAGAUAUAUACUACGCGUCUUGGAGUUUAAUCUUGCAUUUCCCAAUCCUAUGAACUUCUUACGACGUAUCUCUAAAGCCGAUUAUUAUGACAUCCAAACAAGAACAGUUGCUAAGUAUCUCGUUGAAAUAGCUCUCUUAGAUCAUAGGCUGUUACCCUAUCCUCCUUCUCAGCAGUGUGCGGCAGCUAUGUAUUUGGCCCGAGAAAUGCUUGGACGCGGUGUUUGGAAUCGUAAUCUUGUACAUUAUUCUGGAUAUGAGGAACAUGAACUUAUUUCAGUUGUGAAGAAAAUGAUUAAUUAUUUGCAGAAACCAGUCCGACACGAGGCUUUCUUCAAGAAGUAUGCUUCUAAGAAAUUUAUGAAAGCCAGCUUGUUCGUUCGUGACUGGAUUAAAAAGAAUUCAAUGCCGUUGGAAGAUGAUAUCGAUGAAGACUAUGCAUACCAUCAAGAGCAGCGCAUACACCAUGAUAUGAGGGAUGAGAGCUGGUAAAGACAUUCUAAAUCUACUUACAAGAACCCUGACCAUAUUGUUGUCCUAGUAUUCACUCAGGGAACUGGUUAAUUUGAAUAAUCCUUUUCUAGCGUGCAUGUUUAUUGUUUUUUGUUUUAACCGUAAUUGUGUUGCGUUUGCACGACUACCGCCCGUAAUGUUUCGUUUUGUUUAAUUCUACCCACCUAUCUUUAAAGGACUCCCUAGUUACGACAGCAGAAGCGUAUUAUCUAGGUUAUAAUAAUUUAUUUCUUUUGCUUUCGGAGCUUUUAUGGUUUGAUAAUACUUUAAAUAUUGGUUCAUCGCUUUCACCGGCUUUCCUUUCUCGAUACAAUUCGAAUUCUUAUUUGAAGAUUUAAUGAUUUCUGGACGGCAAUAGGUACUUUUUUAGUUUCACAGCUUAUUUAAAUUAUACAGUUGAGCUAUAAGGAUGGAGUUCAUAUUUUUCCUCUAGACUACUAGAAAAGUUUGCUCUUAUCGUAUUGUUCAAAUAUAGUAAUAAUAAUGAUUAUUUUCUUUAAGUCGUGAAAAAUAAAAGCGAAAAUAAAG